AUGCGUCUCCUUUCUCUCCUGGGAAUUGUCGGUCUAGCUGCUGCUUCCGCGACACCCGGCACCACCAUUCCGGCGACCACGGCUGCGUCCACGUCCACGUCUAGUUCUACUUCUACCACGACUUCUUCUACUUCCACAACCGUUGUUUCUGUCGCAACGGAUGGCAGUGCCCAAUUUACGGCGAUUGGCGACGCAAUUUUGUACGCCCAGAGCCAUGGAAUUCCAACAGUCACCGUCUCUGCUGGUACCUACACUCAGGCAAUUACUAUCUCAGCAACCCCGACAGUCACUGUGAUCGGCCAAAGUAGCGAUGCGGAUGAUUAUUCCCAGAACGAGGUCACCAUCACUAACGCCGGCACUGUCUUGACUGUGAAUAACAACGUCCAACAAGUGGCCUUCAAGAAUGUCAAUUUUCUGAACACCGCUACAGCCUAUGGCGCGAUGGUUCUGAAAGGAAACAAAUAUGCUUUCUAUGAAUGCCAAAUCGUUUCGACCGGAACGUUGGGAAUCACUGCCAGUGUCGGUCUCGGUGUUAUUGCAAACUCCUACAUCGAAGCCCUUGACAAGAUUAUUUAUGGAGGCGCAAGUAUCUAUGUUUACAACACUGAGAUUGUGCCUGUCGAUAGUUCUGCACUUGUGACCUACAUGAAGGGUACCACUUCCACUUCAUCGAUCCUCUAUAACUCAACGGUUGUCUUCGACCACGUUACAGUGGCCCAGAAGUCGGGAGCAUCCAACAGCAAUGUCUUUUUAGCUAGUGCAAAUGGCGCUGGAAUUGUUGUCGUUUACCGAAACUCCGUAUUGGGCAGCUUCAUUGCUGCCUCUGGUGCCCAUGUUGACUCCACAACCCAAGAUGGUGAAAAUCUUGUCGCUGAGUACUCCAACACUGGCGCAGGGGCCUAUUCAAACAACGCUGCCACUCGAUCAAAGUAUUGCUCUCUCUUGAAUGCAGCCGAUUUGUCAGAAUACAGCGUCGCUGCUAUCUUUGCUGCCGCCUACCCUACCUACGCCUCCUCAGAUACCACCUGGGUUGACUCUUCCGUCUUGGCCGCCAUCGAAGGUGCAGACGUGAUCGCGACAACUUCGAUUGCUUCAGCUGCUACCUCCGCCGUCACCUCCGCAGCAACCUCGGCUUCUACGACAACAGCAGCUUCUUCCGCUACCACCACCUCCACUGACGCCACAUCUACAUAUGUGGUCGAUCCGACCUCGGGCCCUUAUAAAAACGUCACAGCCGCUAUUGCGGCCCUUCCUAGUGACGGGAACGAAUACACUAUUUACGUUAAGAGCGGUACAUACACCGAGCAGAUUUCUAUCACUCGCACUGGAAAGACCAUUCUUCGCGGUGAAACCGUAUUUGAGAACGACUAUACUCAGAACACCGUCACCAUCGAGUACUCGAAUGGGGAGCUGACUAGCGCUGGUAAAGAUGAGUCUACUCCGAUUAUCAACGCCAAGAACAGUGAUGGCAAGGGAUUGGCUAUCUACAACAUCGAUUUUAAGAACACCUAUCCUCAGACCUCCAACACCGCUGCUCUCGCUGCUGAUUUCUACGGCACUGUCCAGGCAUAUGGGUGCUCUUUUAUUGGAUACCAAGAUACUCUUCUCGCCAACAAAGGCACCCAAGUAUUCUCCAACUGUUACGUUGAAGGCUCCGUCGAUUAUAUCUGGGGAUUCUCAACCGCAUACUUCUACCAGUCUGUCAUUGCAGCUAACACUGCGGGCGCAAGUAUAGCCGCUAUGAGUCGUUCUUCAUCGACUGCGACGGGUGGUUACGUGUUUGACAAGUGUGUUGUAACCUACACCUCUACCUACGGUAGUACCUACCAGGACACCUGGCUCGGAAGACCUUAUUCGGAGUACAGCCGCGUUAUCUACAUGAACUCAUACUUGGACAAGCAUAUCAACCCCGCUGGCUGGCACAUUUGGUCAACGAGCGCCCCUCAAACCGACUAUGUCACUUUUGGAGAGUUUAACAACACUGGUCCGAGCAGUUGGUCCAGUAGCCGUGCAUCGUUUGCCACUAAUUUGACUGAGACUGAGGCUGAGGCUUACACAUUGUCUAACUGGAUCGGCGACACUACUUGGCUCGAUAUGGACGCCUACAGCUACACUCCCUCCUACGAUCUGACUGGAGGGGCCAGUUCAACGGCUACGUCUACCGCAUCUAGUACCACCUCGACCUCAACUUCUACAUCUACAGCGGCAGCCACCUGGACUCACCCCACGAGUGGUACUACCCCUCCCACUGGUGCUGUCUUGGUCAGUGUCGCUGGAGUUAUUGAUGGUUCCUACAGCAACUUGACUGAUGCGCUGGCGUCGCUUCCUGACGAUACCACGACUCAGGUGAUCUUCAUGUAUGCUGGAACUUAUGAUGAGCAAGUUCCCUCUAUUGAAAGAGACGGUCCUGUCAUGAUCAUUGGUUACACCACUGGAAACCCUGGUCAAAGCUAUGCUGAUAACGAGGUUACCAUCACCUUCUCUCGUGGCCUUUCUGUCUCCCCUUUGCCAACCGGCCACUCUGAUGCUGAGACUGCAACUAUCGCUACUGCCUCGACCAAGAUCGCAUUCUACAAUGUCAACAUCAUCAAUUCGGACAAUCUUGAUGGCUUAGAAUCAUCAUACGUGACACUGGCAGCCUCAAUCUAUGGAAACCACAUCGCAUUUUAUGGAUACCCUCCUCACUGGAAGCACCACCGGCUACCAGUAUUACGAGUCUUCAUAUAUUGA